AUGGCUGUACAUAGCAUUGAUUACUGGGACGUGUACUGCUUUGAAGAUGGCGACACGAGUACAUCGAUUUUUGGAUUUGACUUCGAGCAUGACGAAUCUGGUUCGGAGAGCGAUUUACGAACGCCUGAAGAGAUGCUCAGACACUCCCCCCGAACCUUUUUCCUGCACACAAUGACUUUGAGUCUCACUCGUGUGCUGGACCAGCACACCAUGAUCUUGGAAGUUUUCCAGGACUUUAUCAAGAGGCAAGCGCGCUACUUGUCGAAGAGUGCUAAACAACCGAAUGAAUUCGCAGAGAACAGGCGUCAGCUAAAGGAAGCCCUGCGCCAAGUGCUCAAUUCGAUAACAGUUCUGACAUGGAAUGUUCUAGAAUUCUUAUCAAAUGAUCCCAGAAAGGACCUUGGGGGUGUUCCUAACGGCGGUGACUUUCCAGAUGGGAGUAAGCCAAAUGACAUGGAAACACUCCUACGCCGCAUAAAAUCGUUAUAUGGUCGGCUGCAUGACGUUCAGCUCGCCUACGAACAACUGCAAGCUGAAUUGACUUCCAUAAGUCGUGAGCAGAAAGGGCUAGAGCAGAUGUAUCGUGAUCAGCGUAACCAAGAGUUAACCGUGGCAGCCUUUGUGUUUGCAAUUCUCAGCCUUAUAGCCCAAAUCUAUGCAGGCCGCCCGUCUAAUAGGAACUGA